AUGAGACAUCCAGUUUGCGCUUCAACAAACCAGCUCCGUCUCCCAGGACUUCAGUCUACAUGUAGAACGGAUAUUGGAUGCUUUAAUCUACUCUUCCUUGGUGGAAAUGGCGCAUCCGGCAGAAGCACAGCGGCUUGCGCCGUAGCCCAUUCGGGGCGACGGCGUCACACGAAGCAACCCGGGCAAAGCGCGGAAGCACAUGAAAGGCUUAUUUCCACGAAUAUUCCGCUCAGCGCCAAUCACGCUAAAGCCGCUCCCGUAGGGCUUUCCGGCGCUGCUGCUGAUGCCGUACACUUCAGCCAGCAUAGUGGCCUUUCAGCUGACCAUGUGACCGAGAACCCCCAAGCACAGCCCGAUGGACGUGCUGGGUCCCCACGCGGCGCCUUGCGAGCGGAAGGCGCAGCUGCUGGGAAGAAGCCGCGCCGCUCCAGCACACGACGACAGACAGACGACCUAGAUCACCCUCCCUCGAGUGCAAGAGGCAGCGGCAGUAGCAACAAUAGCGGUAGCAGCAGCGAAAGCCACGUUUUGGGCAAGACCACCCGCCGAGACAGCCGAAGAGGGGAAUCAAGUGACGAAAAAGAGUUUAACAAGAACGGCGGUAGCAUUAGCAGAAGCAGCAGGAAUACUCAAGUCGGCAGUAGCAAUGUAAGCAACAGCAGCAGCAGGAAUACCCAAGUCGGCAGUAGCAGCUUUAAGGGGCCCAGGAAGGUCCGCAAAGCCAACGACGACGGCACCGGCCGCGGUCCGCCAGGUUGCCUUAGCUCCCUGUCGCAAUUACCAAGUGAUAAGGGCGUCGAAGGAGGAAUCAGGCACCGAGAAGGAUCAGGAGGACGAGGAGGAGGGGGAGGAGGAGCAGGAGGAGGAGCGGUAGCAUCAGCAACAGUAACAAGAACCCUGGCUGUUGACGGCGUCUGGAGACCCGUCCUGGAUUUGCUGCAGCGGCAGCGGCAGCGGCAGCAGAACCAGCACCAGCACCAGCGGCUGGGAGCUGGCGGCGGACAACAAAAGCGCCGCACACUGUCGAAACCACUUGGAGGAGGCAUCGGCACCAACACCGCCACUGCCGUCCUUGUCGUCACGGCACUGACGUCACCGCCGGCCCGCGCCGUCGCUGCGGCGGCCCGCUCCCUGGCGGCGGAUUAUGCGGUUAUUGAAGCCUUCAACGCCGACGGCGGUGCGACGGCAGCGGAGGCCGUCGCCGCUGUCGCGGCGACGGCGGCCGCCGCUGCCGCUGCCGUAUCGGAACCUGAAGGGCAGCUCAUGACAUUGGCGAACGUUGGCGGAGGCGACGGUGACGGCGGCGGAGUUGAUGGAGAUGAUCAAGACCCGGCGGUGCUCGCGGCGGCGACCAUCGUUUUGGAAGAGGUCUCCAGCUCGAUCCUCAACCACGGCAUCUACCCCGUGCGCUACGGCGCCACUAAGCUGCGCACAACCAUUCGCACCGCCGCCAAAACGGCGCAAGCUGCCGCCGCCACAGCAGCAGCAACAGCAGCAGCAGCCGCAGCCGUCCCAGCAGCCGGAGGCGUAGCCGUGUCGAAGACAACAGAGGCGAUUGGAUCCGCCGCCGCCGGCGACCGCCAAACAGCUGCCGUACUCCAGGCAGCAGCGAAGGCGAUGGAUCAGAUGGAGGAGCUGCUGCUGGUUCCGGAGGCAGUACGCCUUGCCGUACAGGAUGCUGCCAAGUUCGAUGCACGGCACCUGAGCGGCGCGCAGGUGGCGGCAGUGCUGGCGGCGCUGGGGUCGUUGGCGCUAUCCCUGCCACCGGACGCCCGUGCCCAGCUGGCGGCACGAGCUCUGAAGCUGCUGGCAGCGGGCCACGGACCCAAUCAGCAACAAAGUCCGCAGCAGGAGCUAGCGCACCGUCAGGUGCGGUGGCUCAUGUGGGGCCAGCUGCGGGAGAUGCUGCUGCCGCCGUCGCGAAGGUGGCGGCAGGGGCAGGGAGAUGCAGCUGCGGCGGCAGCGGCGGCGGCGCCGGUGGCAACGGAAGCGGAAGCGGCGGGUGUGGCCAUCGAUUAUGGUGCGGGUACGGCGGUGCCGGGGCCGGCAGCGGCGGAAGUUGCGGGGAAGCUGCCGCUGGUGGCGGUGGCGGCGCUACUGGUGGCGGCAGACAGGUUACAGGUGCUCCUAAAUGCCUCCGACGUAGAGGAGGCGGCUCUUCAGCGGUUGAGUCGUAACGCCCGCCAACUGACGGCACGGCAAGUGGUGACACUGCUGCGCUGCCGUACAGACAAACAAGCGAUGCUGGGGAGCGACGUGCUGGCCAGGUUUGUGGCACGGUUGUGUGCCGCUGAUGCUGGCGGCGGCGGCGGUGGUGGUGGUGGUGGUGGUGGCGGUGGUGGUGGUGCGCUGCAGUUGUCGGAUGUGGUGCCCCUGUUGGGGUUGCUGGCGGACCAGGUCUACCUGCUGGAGAGGAGGGAGCUGGCCAGGAUGACGGGUGGGGUGGGGGGGGAUCUUCCAGGCGAUCACAUCGGCAGCUUCCGCGGGGUCGCUAGUCGCCGUAACUUCCACAUCCGCAGCGGAAUCCAGAUCGGGAUCCAGAUCUGGAUCGGGAUUGAGCUUGUUUUGUUAUACAGUUCUGGUGCUGAACUGCGCCGGCUGGCGGCCCUGUGUGGCGAGUUGGAGCCGUUGCUGGGGCGUUUGCAGCUGGCGUGGGCGGAUCCGGACCUGCUGCGGGAGGUGCGGGACGAGCUGGCGGGGUUUGCGGCGUCAGGGGGGGCACAUCCGGAGGCUGCAGUGCAGGCCUGGCGGGCUCUCCUGCGCAGUCCAGAUUACCGCCGGUCGGAGUACGGGCGACUGGUCCGCGGUGGUGGCAGCCCCGACGAGUUCAUUGAUGCGGCGCGGAGGGAGCUGCUGAGCCGCGUGGGGGCGGCGCCAAGCGACUCUCGUUCCAGUCGCAAGGGACGUCCCGGCAGCGAUGCGGGUGCCAUCCUUCCUGCUAUUGCGGAAUCCUCGCUGGUGUUCCCUGGCGACGCCCGUGCGGUCUAUGAGGGGGAAAUUCUAUCCAGGCCGGGGCUCCAAAUUAGCAGCCUUCCGAGUCAAACCAGCCGCUCGGAAGCAUGUCUUGAUGAGAUGACACCCCCACAGCUUGUCACCGUCGUCAUGCCCACGGACGCAUCCGAAGGCCAAUUUGUGGUCCGCGGUGAUAAGCCGCGUAAUGGCGUGGUCUCUGUCAGCUUUCAGCGCCUUGAGUCAGCGCAGAGCGAGGUGCUGGACACCCGGAUUUCCGCAGCGGUCAGCGCACCAGAUUCUUCAACCGACAGCGCAGCGGUCAGCCGGGGCGGCAGCAGCUGGUGGAAGGUGGCCGAAGCUUCUGGAGAGGGCAUCCUGCCGCACGGCCGCACCACGGAUCUCCAGCUUCACAAGCCCGAGGCCUCGGACUUCCUGGACGAGGAGGCGGAGGUGCUGCGGCUUUCUCAGUCCGCGGGAUUCACUGCUGAGCAUGAAGCGGACCCGGGCUUCACGCUGCUGCACUACGUGGCGCUGCUAGGUCACGGUACCCUCGCGGAUGCGCUGUCCGCCACCCGCCGCACCCACCAUCGUUUCGCGCGCCUGGCCGAGUGCCUGAUCAGGAAACAUAACCAGGCGGUGUACGUGACGGACAAGUACGGCUGUACCCCUCUUCAGUUGGCAGCUGCAAUCGGCAACACGGAAAUGGUCAGGGUGCUGCUGGAGCCGUACGACCUGCCCGCUGCGAGCAGCCAGGUGCUCCCCUCCUCGGACAGCCGCUACAGCUACCUGAAUCACCAAGACUACCAGAUCCGGUUCAGCUCCCUUCACGGUGCCGUACAUCACGGUCAGCACGAGGUGGUUAUUCAGUUGCUGCGCCACGGGGCCAACCCCCAGGUUCUGGACAACACCAGGCUCCCGGCGUUCAAGGUGGCGCCUUCCGUGGUAUCGCUUCAGAAGCUGCUGCGACUGGUGCUGCGGCAUGCUGAUAAGGUGCCGGGCGAGUUCCAGGCCAACAAGAUGUGGACCAAGGCGGGCAAGUACGCGUCAUUUAAACCACCCGAGGAGGGAUCUGAGCGCUUCAGUGCCCUGGCGAUGGAGCUUAUGGGUGGCGGCCAGAGCGGGGAUGUCAGCUCCACCAUCAAGCGCUACUUCAAGCAGCUCUGCAGCGAGGACCGCGCCGAGUUGGUUUUGGAGUACGUGUUGACGGCCGUCCGGAGGAACCACGGCAGGCUGGUCGAGAUCAUGAUCGACCGCAUCUGCGCCGACUGCCCCCACGUGCUGCUGGCGCCGCGGUGGCACGAAACCCUGGAGCCGCUCGUCACGGCCUUCCCCUCGCUAUUCCACCGCCUGCUGUACAACCUGCAGGACAUGCGCGACGAGGACGUCCGCGGCUUCGUUCGCGGCUUCGUCCGCUGUCUCAAUCCGUCCAAGCUGGCGGCCCAACCGGGGGAGCGCACUCAGUCAGUGGCGGCAGGCGACGUCGGGGCGGCUUUGCUGUCAUUACGGCGUGGGGAGGGGGACGCUGCGGGGGGUUAUGGCGCCGGCGGGGCGGCGGCUGUCAGUCGGGCACAUGCUGUGGACCGCGUGAAGCUGCUCAUCUACCAGCAGCUGGUUGAGGGCCUGAAAAAGGUGAGCUACCGCAUCAUCAAGACCUUCUUCGAGGAGUCCGAUCAGCGGCUGCUCAACGACAUGGCGCAGUUCCCCAUCUUUGCGGAGUUCGUGGGGCUGGUGGCCAACAUGGACACGGGGAAGGCGGCGGAGUCCGACAGCAGCCGACAGCUGCUGCUCGAGUUCCUGCGGCCGCGAUCUUCCCGGGAGAACAUGUACGACAUGCCAGCUGCCUCCGCCACCGCUAACAUCGCUCCCACCACUGGCAGCCCCUCGCCCUCAUCGCGACAAUACCCCGCCCCGCCCUCGAUGAAGGUGUCGGGGGGCCCUGGGGGAUGCGCCAGCACCACCAGCGGCGCUACCAGUCUCCCACCCGCCACUACCAAUGCCCAGUCCAAGGUCACCUCGUGGGGGGAGACCGGCUGUGUUGACGUCGUCAAAGCCAAUCCAGCAAGCCCAGUCAACUGGCUGCGAGGCUAUCGGUGUUCCCAGAGCAGAGGAAGGGAUGCCAAAGGUGGCAAAGAUGCCGCAUCCCAAGGAAGCCACCACCAGCAGCAGCAGCAGCAGCAGCCGGGGGGGUUAACGGUGCGGGCGGCGGCUGAGCGCUGGUCAGCUCGGUGCUUGCAGACGCUCAAUGUGCGGCGUGUGCUGCGGGCGGCGGUGAUUGCUGGAAAGGCGGAUAACGUUGAGGCCGCGGUGGGGAGCUUGGUGGGGUGGGUGGAGACUAACAGCCUGGACAGGAAGGCUGUCUUCCUGGCGGGUAUCACAGCGGAGCUGGUCAAGGCGCUGGCAACCCGCUUCCCAAGCGCCUGCGCCAUCCUCCUGAACCUGGUUAGCAAGGACGUCUUGGAGCAGCUGGACACUCUGCAGGUAUCCGCCAACGUGUUGUACGGCAAGGAUCACCUUGUCAAGUGUAGCCACGUCAGAAACCACUUCACGUGGAGGGAGCAGGAGCUCAGGAAGCUUCGUAGCGUCGAGGAUCUGGUUUGUACCGGUUUGUUGCAGUUGGGGUACGACGAUCACGUGGUGGAUGCGCUGGUGGAUUACGGGGUACCGUUUGAAUGCGUGUACAAGGCGGCUGUGGAGAUGGGCGACGAGCCAGGCGAGCAUGCGACGCCCGACCACUUCGCUGCGCUUAUCGAGCACGGGUUCACGGGCCCUGAGCUGAAGCAGCUGAUCAGUAACGGCAUCCGCCUCGCCAAGGUCAUUGGCUACAUAGAGGAGUGCGCCAAGGAGCUCAUGGACAAGCUGCUGAAUGUUGCUAUGCCGGUGUUGUUGCGCGACAUGCUGAAGGAGCGGCUCAGUCCGCGUAUUGUGGACAUCAUCCUGAGGGAGGCCCCGCCACGACCCAUGUUCCAACUGAACGCCAACGAUUACCGCAUAUCGGUAUUGACCUCCCUUUGCGUGUGGAAUGUCUAUCUUGGAGAUGCGCUCGCAGGGAAGAUGUUUGAGACGACCAGGUACAACAACUUCCGACCCGGGUGCCCGCUGAGGGAGGUGUACCCGGAGCCGCUGUUCGUACCAACGUACACGCACCAUUUCGUACAGCUACUGCUCAUCAGCUGGGGACGCGGCGUCAAGAACUCCCACGGCAAGCUCACGCGGCAGCCCUGGGCCAAGGACUUCAUCGACACGAUCUUUGAGCCCAACGACCCGCUUUGCACCAAACUGAAGAGCGCGUACGACAACAAGCUUACUGAUACACAUGUAUACAUACAAGAUACUGGCGAUGGCGAUGUGGGGGAGACGGGCGUGGAGGCCCCCGGGCCCAGCGGUGUUGGCGGCGAGGCGUCCGUGCAGCUGCGUGCUCAGAGCACUCGCCAAGAGCGCGAGCAGGCGCUUCGGGAGCGGCGUCUGGAGCACGAGAAGCAGGUCCGGCACGUACGGCAUUUGCUCAGCAUCUUCGUGAGCCGGCCGCUGUUGCUUCACCGCUGGCCCGUGUACCUGGCGGCGCACCUGUGGCUGCUGGCGCAGUCCGCUGUGUACACCUACUGGCAGCGGCUGGAGGACUUGUACUCCCGGGCGCGGGCCAGGAGGUUCGGUUACCCGGUCGACCCGGUUCAGAAGGUCGGAAUGGGAACCAUUGAUGCAGCGGUACUGGUAAUUCCGUUGUUGAGCUUCUUCCACCUGGGGGUGGAGGACAUGCUAACGGCCCUGGUGGACGCCGACGCGCCCUCCUCAUGGUUCCAUUUCGCUGUCGUACGGGCGCUGUACACCGUCAGCCUCAGCGCCAGUGUGCUGCUCAGUGCGAGCAUGCUGCUGGAGCGGCUCCUGGAGGCCCGUGUCCCCCAGCUCGCCACCUGGGCGUCUUUCGGGCGGCAUUUGGAGCUGUGCUGCCAUGGCAUGGUGUGGACCGUGGCGGUGAUCGUGUGGAGUAGCCAGGGGGCCAAUCUGGUGCCCGCCCUGAGCGGCCUGACCAUGCUGCUGUUCGUGGCACGGCUGACGUUGUUCGGACUGGUGACGGACAAGCUGAGCACGGCGGUGCUGGCGCUUCUGGAAAUCCUGAACGAUUCUAGGCAGUACCCAAGGCAAGUGGGAGGGCUAUCUUCUCUAACCGCACCUCCCCACAGGUACUUCUUCCUGCUGAUCGCACUGGUGUACGGCGGUUUCGUACUGGCGGUGGCGGGUCUGCGCCAGGCGAGCGAGCGCAGCCCCCGGGUUUACUCGGCUGCGCUGCGCUACCCGGGUUUCUCCUUGGUGCUGAUGUCCAUGUACGCCAUAUUGAUGAUGAUUGUGUUCAUGAACCUGUUGAUUGCCACCAUGAACGACACCUACGAUCGAGUCAAGGAGUUCUGCGAGGUGGAGGUUAUGCGGCUUCGUUCCCACAUGAUGGUGUUUGUGAAGGACUUCAUGGAACGAGGCGCUCGGCCGCAGCGUCUGGAGCCUCUGGAUGGCGAGGCCCUUCACCUGCUGCUCCGUCCUGAAGCCCUCAAGUCCAGCAGACUGCUCACCCUGGGGUCGGCAGAUCCCGCAUCUGAGAACAGCUCCUGGAUGGGACGUAUAACCUACAUGCGCACUUCGAUUGUGCGGGAGGUUUCGGAGGUGGUACGGCAGCGUGCUGAUGCGCAGACGGCGGCCAUAUCCUCCCGGCUUGACCAGGUUGAGGCGGAGGUGAUGGGGUUGACGGGCGAUAGGGUGGGGGCGCUGGAGAGGCGGAUGGAGCGGCUUGAGAGGGGGAUUGAGCUGCUGCUGGUGCAGAAGGAGGCGGCUGCUGGCGUGUAG